CUAAACAAGAAGAAGAACGAAACUUUUGUUUACGCCGGAUAAAUUUUGUUUUGAAACAAUAAUCUUUGUGCAAACAGUUUAACAAUUAACUGACGAGUUUUCUGGUUAUUGAUUAAACUGUCGCCUCACUGGGUAUCUAGUCAAAGACAGAACGAUGUAAAUUUUAAAGUUCGGUUUUCGAAAUGAGAAAGAGAGUGUGGUGAACGAAUAAGAAUGCAAGCCAUUCAUGAGUCAGUCCGUGAUCAAUCCCUGGCCGUCGGCCACAACAAAGAUAACCGAAAACAAUAUAUUUGUGAUUCCUGUGGAUUGACUUUGUUUUCACGAUCGGGCAUCCACAGCCACAUCCUGCACAAGCAUUUAGGCCUACAGACAUCUGCUGGUGCCCAGACCAAAACUGAAGUAUGUACUGUUUGCGGAGUGUAUGUAACGAAGAGGAAUUUCAAGGAUCAUGUCAAUUCCCACUCUGCAGCUAGGGACUAUAAAUGUGAAUUUUGUGGAUCAGCCGUAAAGUCUGUCUACACGUUAAGGAAACACAUCAAAAGGGUUCACAUGAAAAGCAAGUCAUCGACACUACCAACAACUAUCCAAAAAAUUGAGUGUGAAAUUUGUGACAAACAAUUUUCCAGUUCUGAAGGACUGCGACGGCAUGAACUGAGAUACCACAGCGACAACGAAAACAUUAGGUGCCAGGUCUGUGGCAAAAAAUCGCUCACAAUUGCUGAACACAACUAUCAUAUGCAAAUCCAUUCGUUGGAGCGGAAAUAUCAAUGUGAAUCUUGUGAGCUUCGAUUUGCCAGGUACGAGGGUCUGAAAAAUCAUCGCAUCAAACAUAAGUCGGACUGGUCGUACAAAUGUGGAUUGUGUUUGAAAGUAUUUAAACAUUCGUCGUCUGUAUCGGGUCAUCGAAAAUCGCACAAAGUGAACGGUUAUUAUCAUUGUGGAUGUUGUGACGAUCGUUUCAAAGAUUAUGCUCAACUGAAAAAUCAUUUUGUUAAUUCGGGUCACAGUUUCUAUGCUAAAGUUAAGCGGCAAACUGAAUAAAUUAUUUAUUAAG